CCCACAGCCGAGAGCCAAGAAGAUUACCCGUGCGAGGAAGGUGAGAGAGAGAAGGCAGGAGAGGGAAAAGAAGACGCUACUUCUGACUAGUAGAAGUAGGGGACUUUGCGUCUGAAACAUUAGGGAAAAAGAAUACCGCACUGGCUGCUGGAUCAUAGACUAACAUGUCAGCAUAUGAAUGAAACCAGAACUAUGAAAGCGCGUGGGCAUUUGAGCUUUACCUUUCAUAGAGAGACCAAUAGGUGACUGACUGAUUGUAUAGGAUUACAAUAGUCGCACCCAGACUAUUAUAGUUUUUAGGCAGAAAAGGGGGACCGUCCGAAAAUCAUGGAGUAUAGAGUAGAAAUAAAAAUUAGCUAGCGUUAAAAGAUUAAAGAAGACUGCAAAAAAGAAAUUGCCCGGAGCAUCUGGAACCUGUUAAAUAAUGGAUUUUAGCUCUAUUCGCAAGUUGAUCACCAGAUGGUGUGUUGGAGAGGAGAACUGGGUGGACACCAGGACGGUGUACAUCGGAAACAAGGAGCCCCCACCGGGAGCGGAGGCCUACAUUCCCCAGAGAUACCCCGACAACCGCAUCAUCUCCUCCAAGUACACCUUCUGGAAUUUUGUUCCGAAGAAUUUGUUUGAGCAGUUUAGAAGAAUUGCCAAUUUCUACUUCCUCAUCAUAUUUCUUGUCCAGUUGAUAAUUGACACUCCCACCAGUCCCAUCACCAGCGGACUACCUCUCUUCUUUGUCAUCACUGUCACGGCCAUCAAACAGGGCUAUGAGGACUGGCUCAGGCACAAAGCAGACAAUGCUAUUAACCAGUGUCCUGUGCACGAGGUGCAGCAUGGGAAGGUGAUCAGGAAACAGAGUCGUAAGCUGAGGGUGGGUGAUGUGGUGCUGAUCAAGGAAGAUGAGACGUUCCCCUGUGACCUCAUCCUUCUCUCCACCAGUAGGGAGGACGGGACCUGUUUUGUCACUACAGCCAGUCUGGACGGGGAGUCCAGUCACAAGACCUACUAUGCUGUGCAGGACACUAAGGCCUUCAUCACAGAGGAAGAUUUCGAUACUCUACAGGCUUCUAUUGAAUGUGAACAACCACAACCAGACCUCUACAAAUUCGUGGGCCGAAUCAAUAUUUAUUCGGACAGAAACGAGCCCAUCGCGAGGCCUUUAGGAUCUGAGAACCUACUUCUCAGAGGGGCGACACUGAAAAACACACAGCACAUAUAUGCUGUUGCCAUCUACACUGGUAUGGAGACCAAGAUGGCGCUCAACUACCAGUCCAAGUCCCAGAAACGCUCUGCAGUGGAGAAGUCAAUGAAUGCGUAUCUGAUAGUGUACCUGUGCAUCCUGAUCAGCAAGGCUCUGAUCAACACAGUGCUGAAGUAUGUGUGGCAGGCUGUCCCAGACAAAGACGAGCCCUUCUACAACCAGAAGACUGACACAGAGAGGCAACGCCAUAUAUUGAUCCGGGCGUUCACAGACUUCCUGGCCUUCAUGGUGUUGUUUAAUUACAUCAUCCCCGUGUCCAUGUACGUUACCGUGGAGAUGCAGAAGUUCCUGGGGUCCUACUUCAUCAUGUGGGAUGAUGAGAUGUUUGACGAGGAACUGGGAGAGAGGGCUCAGGUUAACACAUCUGACCUCAAUGAAGAACUGGGACAGGUGGAGUAUGUGUUUACAGACAAGACAGGCACCCUGACAGAGAACAACAUGGAGUUUAUAGAGUGCUGUGUGGACGGCUAUGUUUACGUCCCUGAUGCCAUCUGUAAUGGACAGGUCAUGCCAGGGUCAACCAGCAUGGACAUGAUCGACUCCUCACCUGGACCAGGGGGCAAGGAGUCUGAGGAGUUGUUCUUCCGGGCGUUGUGUCUGUGCCACACGGUACAGGUGAAGGAGGAGGAGACAGUGGAUGGCAUCAAGAUGGGUAUCCACCAGAACAAGGCCACCUCCUUCUACAUAUCAUCCUCUCCUGACGAGGUGGCACUGGUGGAGGGCAUGAAGAGGCUUGGCUUCACCUAUCUGCGGCUGAAGGACAGUCACAUGGAGAUUCUUAAUAGGGAGGAUGAGGUCGAGAGGUUUGAGCUGCUGGAGGUAUUGACCUUUGAUUCUGUGAGAAGGAGAAUGAGUGUUAUCGUCAGGUCCACCACAGGGGAGUACUACCUGUUCUGUAAAGGGGCCGACUCCUCCAUCUUCCCCAGGGUGAUCUCUGGCAAGGUGGAGCAGGUCAAAGCCAGAGUGGAGCACAACGCUGUGGAGGGCCUACGGACACUGUGCGUGGCGUACAGGAAGUUGAGCGUGGCUCAGUAUGAGGAGACGUGUCACCUGCUGAACAGCGCCAAGCUGGCCCUGCAGGACCGAGACAGGAAGCUGGCCGAGGCCUAUGACCUCAUUGAGAAGGACUUCGUACUGCUGGGGGCCACCGCCGUGGAGGACAGGCUCCAGGACAAGGCAGCAGACACCAUCGAGUCUCUCCAGAAGGCUGGGAUGAAGGUGUGGGUGCUGACCGGAGACAAGAUGGAGACGGCGGCGGCUACUUGUUACGCUAGCAAGCUGUUCCGCCGCUCCACACAGAUACUGGAGCUGACCACCAAACGCACCGAGGAACAGAGUCUACAUGAAGUUCUGUUUGACCUGAGUAAAACUGUACUCAGGCAGCAUGGUAGCAUGACCAGAGACACCUUCUCAGGUCUGUCUGCUGACUGUGUGGACUACGGUCUGAUCAUCGACGGGGCCACGCUGUCUGCGGUGCUGAAGCCCAGUCAGGAGGACUCCAGUCAGGGGAACUACAAGGAGAUCUUCCUGGAGAUCUGUAGGAACUGCAGCGCUGUGCUCUGCUGCCGCAUGGCUCCCCUCCAGAAAGCACAGAUUGUGAAGCUGAUCAAAUCGUCUCCAGAACACCCCAUCACGCUAGCCAUUGGAGACGGGGCUAAUGAUGUUAGCAUGAUCCUGGAGGCUCACGUGGGGAUCGGCAUCAUGGGUAAAGAGGGUCGCCAGGCAGCGCGGAACAGCGACUACGCCAUCCCGAAGUUCAAACACCUGAAGAAGAUGCUGCUGGUUCACGGACACUACUACUACAUCCGCAUCUCAGAGCUUGUCCAGUACUUCUUCUACAAAAAUGUCGCCUUCAUCUUCCCUCAGUUCCUCUACCAGUUCUUCUGUGGCUUCUCCCAACAGCCGCUGUAUGACACAGCCUAUCUGACACUGUACAAUAUCAGCUUUACCUCUCUACCCAUCCUGCUCUUCAGCCUCAUCGAGCAGCACAUCAACAUGGACAUCCUCAAGAAAGACCCCUCCCUCUACAGGGACAUAGCUAAGAACUCUCUCCUGCGUUGGCCCAUUUUCAUCUACUGGACCUUCCUGGGGGUGUUCGACGCCAUCGUCUUCUUCUUUGGUUCUUACUUCCUGUUCAACAACAGCACCUUCACCAGCAACGGACAGCUAAUGACAACCAACACACAGAUGAUGUUUGGUAACUGGACGUUUGGGACUCUGGUCUUCACUGUGCUGGUGUUCACAGUCACCUUAAAGCUCGCCCUGGACACACACUACUGGACGUGGAUCAACCACUUUGUCAUCUGGGGCUCGCUGCUUUUCUUCGUCAUCUUCUCUCUGCUAUGGGGAGGCAUCAUUUGGCCCUUCCUGAACUACCAGAGGAUGUACUAUGUGUUUAUUCAGAUGUUGUCCAGCGGUCCGGCCUGGCUCAGCAUCAUCCUGCUCAUCGUCAUCAGUUUGCUGCCUGACGUGGUCAAGAAGGUCGUCUGCAGGGCCCUGUGGCCCACCACCACAGAACGCAUCCAGAAUGCAGACAAGCUGUAUAACGGCCAGCUAUCGGAGUUCACCCCGCUGGCAUCUCUCCACGCGCCCACGCGCAGGAGGGCCGACCACCAGUACCCCAUUCCCAGAAGGUCUGAACCCUUCACCAAAAAACUCAUGUUCACCCACUGGAGGGGCGGGCCCGACUACUGCACUUUCACCCCACUCCUCCGAUUCGCCGGCAACUCCCGUCACUCUGGGGCUGGCUAUGCCCACAAUGGGGCAGGGCCUGAGACCUCGGUGUAGUCUAGAGUGGAGUUUAGUCUGAUUUAGACUGGAAGUCUAGACCAAGAUUUCAGUGUUGAGCAAUUGACCACUGGAACAAUCUGUCCUCUAGACAAUAGAUACCUAAUCUAGACGCGUACAGUUACCAAUGUCAUUGUGAAAAAGCAAACAAACACCAAAUACACACAGAAGGACGAUCCACAUGAUCCACAGUCCUACGGCUGUGUUGUGUUAGCACAAGGAGCUGAGUGAACUGAACAGACUUGGCUCCAGGCAAGCAGUGCCUGUGGAUUGGUGGAAAGGGCCUUGGCUCCACCCAUUAAUGUCUACUGUGGGUCCGAACCCUCAGACCCACCCUGCAGUGUGUGUGUGUGUGUGUGUGUGUGUGUGUGUCACUCCCCCCUAUCUGUCUGUCAACUGUCUGUCAGUGAUGAUGUCAUUUAAAGUGUUUGUCAUGAAGGAUGUCACUCCCCCGUAUCUCCCUGCCGACUGUCAACUGUCUGUCAGUGAUGAUGUCAUUUGAAGUGUCAUAAAGCAGGGAUGCCCAGUAUGAAUGGAAGAUGUUCAGAGGUAUUGCAUGUGCUUUAACUGACCACACUUUCCUGUUUUUCUUUUGUCUUGUCUUUUCCUCUCUUCCUCUCUCUUUCUGUCCUGCUUUCUAUAGAACAAACUGGUGUUGCCUCUGUGCAUAUGUCUUAUCCAGGAACACGCCAUAAGACACUAGUCUUUUCCAGUUCAGUUGUAAGUGGCUGGGCCGUGAUAGUGGUUUAUCUCUGCUGGACUAGAGACAGUUCUGUGUGUGUAGUAUCCCGUGUCAUAGACUGUCCUUGUGUCUACUGUGGAGUGAUGUGAUUAUACCUCCAUUCCCCCUUGUAACCGUCCCAUUUCCUGACAUGGAAGCUGAGGCAUCCUGCCUCACGUAGUGCUAAGGACCCACAGUGGGAAACCAGUAUGCAUGGGAAUCCUUUUCCGCCUUAACAUCUACACAGUGUUUCCUUUGAAAUACACAGUAGUCUGGAACCAAAGGCUCAGAAAAUACUUUUUCAAUGGCUUGCCUUGCUGGUUAUUGCCUUACACUGAGACUGGGUGGGACAGAGGAAGAGAAAUUCUGCCUUACACCACACCAGGAUUGGUGGACAGUAUUAGAUAGGAGAGAGAACCUGGUUUGUUUCUGGGCUUUAACGUUGUCCAUGUAGAUAUCUAACAUCUCUCACAAUCAGAUCUGAAGCCUUUAAAGAGCAGUGGAUCUCUGUUACAGAAAUACAACAUGUAGAAUGUAGACAUUAUGCUCAGCUGCUUUGCUCUGUCCCUUGGCAUAAAUAAUAUAGAACAUACCCAUAGAAGUCUCACAUGAUGCGUGAGAGUCUCAUGAAGGUGUUAUAAGUGUGUUAGAAUUCUAUCACAAGAGUCUGUCAGGGGUCUUAACAUCUCAUCUGUCAAUGUGUGCUCUCUCCCUCCCUCAGAUCCUCUCUGAUGCUUUUAUGUUUAAUUUUCUUUCUUCAUGUGUUUUUUUUACCUCUACCAUUUCUCCACUUGUUCCUUUUGAAGUGAUGCUCGUGUGGAUCUGUCCUCUCGAGCCUCACUACAUCUCCUCCUCCUCCUCACUGCCGCCUCCUCUCAUCCUCCACUCCUCUCAUCCAUUCACUCCUUCAUCCGUUCAUGCAUCCCUCCACCCGUCUCCUAAGAACACAGUCUGUGUGGUGGGUGUGAGGAGAGAGAGAACGAGAAAGGGAGAUGGAGGGGGGACUGUACCAAAACCAAGGUUUUUCUAGACACAUUUACAUUUCUUGUGGUCCUGUGGUGCAUUGUGGGAUCUGUUCAAACCAAGAGGAACAAAAGUAUAUGGAUGUCCCAUAUAUAGAAAGGGAUGUUGUAAUACACAGUAUGUGUGUGUGUGUGUGUGUGUGUGCAGAUAUCUGUUUCAUUGAAAGCAGCAAUGAUAUUUAAGAUGGUCGUCUGUUAUUAGGUGGUAUUAAGAAUCUUCACUGAAAUGUAAAGACACUAAACAUUAUACCACAGUCAGAACUAUAACACUGGGCACUACCCCACAGUCAGAACUAUAACACUGGACAUUACCCCCACAGUCAGAACUAUAACACUGGACAUUACACCACAGUCAGAACUAUAAUACUGGACAUUACCCCCACAGUCAGAAC